GCAAGGAUGUUCCUUGCCUCUACCUUCCAUACUUUAAACUUUAUCGAUAAAUUAGUCGACUCAAAUAACUCAGAUAAGAACAUUUAAGACAACUAAUGUAAACGCUGAUUUGUGUACCAAAUUUGGAUUAUCUGCGUGUUUUUAAGACAGUUGAAACAGAUUAACUAGGCGCGAAAAAUGACAGUUACAGCUGACGGAUGUUACUUUUUUGGUGAUUCUUGCGAUAUUGUAAAAAAUCGGUUAUUAAAUAAAUGUUAUAAAAUGCCCCGAAAAGUGGUUCCGCGUGCUGUGACAUGGCUAAGCGAUAAACAGUAUAAUGAGCAGAAUAUAUCCACAAACUUCCACUAUUAUGAAAAAUUUCAAUUUCAAAAGUUAAUAGCCAGUGUAGGCGAUUUCGUUCUUAUCUCGAACGCCGACUCAGCGGAACCAGACACCGAGGAGGGUUGCGACGCCGCCCGGAUCGUGGCGCUGUACGAGGACAUCUCCAACAGCAGUGACCCGUUCCGGGCUAAGGUUCAGUGGUACUCGAGGCCCAGCGAUCUGCCAAAAUCCAGCAUUAACAAUGUGGAGCCUAUUGAAUUUGUUGACAAAGAGGUUUUGGAAGACCAUCGCCCAUUCUCCACAGAUGUGUCCAUCGAAACAUUCUUCAAAAAAUGCCAAAUCGCCUUUGCACAUACAAAAGACAUACAUAAUGUACACACCUCUGCAAACUACCACUAUGUUUGUAGAUACAGGAUCAUGCCAGUGAACAAGAGAAAAGUCCAGAUUGAACCCGUUUUAGAGGAGGAGAGGCUAGCUAUGCAAUAUCUACAAACUCCUAGUAAAAACACAACUACUACAACUAAAGGAAGAACCCCCAAAACACCAUCAAGUUUAGUGAAACGCAUGAGCAGAGUGUCUAUAUCUGAGCCAAUAAAUUGGAGUGUCUCUAAAAAUGAUGGCACCAAACUUCUGCUGAAAAGAGCCAUCUUAGCUGAUAAGACAGAAAAAGAUUCACCAAAGAAAGCUACACCAAAAAGCAAAAACAUAACACCCGCAGAGACUCCUAGAAGUAGUAAAAAGUUAAGCAAUAAUAAUAUUGAAGAGCUGUUGUCUAUGGAAUUGAAAGAAAAUGCUGAAGGCGGGUUACCUACUCUCAUUAUUAGACAGCAUGUACUUGGCACACCAAAACGAAAAUCCUCCAUAGCCAAAACAAAAGAAGAUACACCAAAAAAGGUUCUGGUAUUUGAUGAUAAUGAUGAUGAGAAAGAAAGCCUCUCAAGACGCAAGAAAAGCCCAGUGUGUAAUGAUGAAGACAUGUCACCGAUCAAACCUACUCCAACUAAAGUCACCCGUUCUGGCAGAGUCACCAAAAGCACCAUAAACUAUGCUGAACCGGACUCAUCACCAAUCAAAAGAACUCCCAGAAAGUCCAUUAGAAGAGCUACUGAUGAUAGUGAUGAUGACUUUAAACCAAUUGCAAUGACUCCUAAAACGCCGAAGACACCUAAGACGCCUAGAACUCCUCGGAAUCGGGCUACGCCCGCAAAGACACCUAAAAGUGUCACUAGACGAAUCCUCACUAGUCAGCUGACACCCACAUUGCACACUCGAGCACACUCUUUUGACAACAUUGAUGAAAUUCUUAAAGAAAACAAUUCACUACCAGGAAGAGAGAGCCAGAUGGAGGAGAUAUUAUCUUUUGUAAGGUCGAAACUUCUCAGUGAAACUAGUGGAUGCAUGUACAUAUCAGGUGUCCCUGGGACUGGGAAGACGGCCACAGUGUGCUCUUCCCUGAAGCUGCUGCAGGAUGAGACAGACCUGCCUGAGUUCCAGCUGGUGGAGGUCAACGGCAUGCGCAUCGCUGAGCCCCGGCAGGCCUAUGUGCAGAUCUACAAACAGCUUACAGGCAAAUCCGUGGUGUGGGAGCAAGCGUGCUCGCUGCUAGAGAAGCGGUUCAACAACCCCGGGCCGCGGCGGACUCCGACCGUGCUGCUGGUCGACGAGCUGGACGCCCUGUGCACGCGGCGGCAGGACGUGCUGUACAGCAUAAUGGAGUGGGCGGCGCACGACGCGGCGCGGCUGUGCGUGCUGUGCGUGGCCAACACCAUGGACCUGCCCGAGCGCGCGCUGGCCGCGCGGGUCGCCUCGCGGCUAGGUCUGACGCGACUGACGUUCCCGCCGUACACGCACGCGCAGCUGUCCCGCAUCGUGGCCGCGCGCCUCGCUAGCGCCAGCCUCUCCGCCGACGCGGUCCAGCUUAUAGCCAGGAAAGUAGCAGCGGUGUCGGGCGACGCGCGGCGCGCCCUCGCGCUGUGCUCCCGCGCGCUGGAGCUGGGCGGCGGCGGGGCGGGCGGCGCGGGCGGGGCGGGCGGCGCGGGCGGCGCGGGGGGCGCGGGCGGCGCGGCGGGGCUGCGCGAGGUGCAGGCGGCGCUGGAGGAGGCGGCCUCAGGCGCCGCCGUGCGCGCCGUGCGCGCCUGCGCGCCGGCCGAGAGGCUCAUGCUGCGCGCUGUCGCCGCCGAGGUGGAGCGGACCGGGUCGGACGAGACCACGCUGUCGCGCGCGCUGAGCACGGCGGCGGCGCUGGUGGCGCUGGACGGGCGGCCCUACCGGUCGGCCGCGGGCGUGCGCGCGCCCGGCGCCGCGCAGGCCGCCGCCGCGUGCGCGCGCCUCGCCGCCACCCGGCUCCUGCUACUCGAGAAUAGAGGCGCCGAGCCGAGGCUGCUGCUUAACGUUAGCGCCGAUGACGUGCAUUAUGCUACGAGGCAGAUUACUGUGUGACUAGCGGGACUCUAAGAAAUGAAAGACCGAUUUUAAAUAAAUUCCAUACAACUGUUUGAAGUGCCUUGUAUACUUAAAAAAAUCUGCGAAACGUUAUUUUACCGUGGCACUAGCGUCAUCUGCUCGACUUUCUAUCUUUAUAAUGUAAAGGGUCUAGCCGCAAUCCUAUAGUGAAACUGCCCCUGGCUGAAAUGUAUACCUUUCUUAGAAGCGUUAAUUGGUCUUAUUAUAAGAUAUCAUUUUACAAUAUUUCAAGCCUGGAAUCCCCUUGGUUUGGAUAAAAAAACAAAAAUAUAUAAAAUCUUUUUUAAUUUUUCUAAGCUAAACUAAUGGUUAGAUUUCUUUGAAAUUCGGAUUAUACAUGGCACUAAUAGCAAUACAUUUUCAAAAAAAAAAUCAAGGUUCUAACUUAUUUACAAAGGCCUAAAAAAAUAUUUUUUUUUGUUUAAUUUUUUUUUUUUAUUAUUUACAAGAGGGCGACAACCUCAAUUUUUAGGUAUUUAUUGCACAAUACAAUAUUGUAUGAAAUAUAUUUUUUUCAUAAAAAUCCAUUUGUGGCAACCAGGUAAAAAUGUCUUACUAAUGCAGGCCAUUCGACUUAAGGCGUCUGUAGGUUACACAUUGGGCCAACGUACUUGGCUCAUUGUGUACUUCCGCGUUUACAACCAUUUAGUAGGUAUUAACGAGCAGCAGCUAGUCGAGCAGAAAAAUUGUUUACACUAAUUAUAUAUUUUUUAAUGCAGUAUUGCGUAUUUCAUAAUAGGAAUGUUUACGUAGUAGUUGUUUACGUACAGCAAUGGUAGAUUACAUACCGAGGCCAAUAAAAUAAGAAAUGUCUCAGAACACAUCGGACUCGCCCAUGAAGGGUUCCCUACCAUUUAUGACGUAUUAAAAAAAACUACUUACUAGAUCUCGUUCAACAUUUUACCACUUUGGACACACAUUUUACCACUUUGGAAGUGUCUCUCGCACAAACUAUUCAGUUUAGAAAAAAAUGAUAUUAGAAACCUCAAUAUCAUUUUUGAAGACCUAUCCAUAGAUACCCCACACGUAUGGGUUUGAUGAAAAAAAAAAAAAAAUAUUUUAUGACGCAUGAAAAAAACUACUUACUAGAUCUCGUUCAAACCAAUUUUCGGUGGAAGUUUGCAUGGUAAUGUAUAUCAUAUAUUUUUUUUAGGUUUUUCAUUCUGUUAUUUUAGAAGUUACAGGGGGGGGGGACACACAUUUUUUCACUUUGGAAGUGUCUCUUGAGCAAACUAUUCAGUUUAGAAAAAAAUUAUAUUAGAAACCUAAAUAUCAUUUUUGAAGACCUAUCCAUAGAUACCUCACACGUAUGGGUUUGAUGGAUUUUUUUUUUUAAUUUUACGUCGUAUUAAAAAAAACUACUUACUAGAUCUCGUUCAAAUCAAUUUUCGGUGGAAGUUUGCAUGGCAAUGUAUAUCAUAUAUUUUUUUUAGAUUUUUCAUUCUGUUAUUUUAGAAGUUACGGGGGGGGGGGACACACAUUUUACCACUUUGGAAGUGUCUCUCGCGCAAACUAUUCAUUUUAGAAAAAAAUUAUAUUAGAAACCUCUAUAUCAUUUUUGAAGACCUAUCCAUAGAUACCCCACGCGUAUGGGUUUGAUGAAAAAAGAUUUUUUGAGUUUCAGUUCUCAGUAUGGGGAACCCCCAAAAUUUAUUGUUUUUUUUUCUAUUUUUGUGUGAAAAUCUUAAUGCGGUUCAUAGAAUACAUCUACUUACCAAGUUUGAACAGUAUAGCUCUUAUAGUUUCGGUAAAAAGUGGCUGUGACAUAAUCGGACAGACAGACGGACAUGACGAAUCUAUAAGGGUUCCGUUUUUUGCCAUUUGGCUACGGAACCCUAAAAAUAAAUCAAGGUUCUAACUUAUUUACAAAGGCCUAAAAAAAUAUUUUUUUUUGAAAUUUUUUUUUUAUUAUUUACAAGAGGGCGACAACCCCAAUUUUUAGGUAUUUAAUGCACAAUACAAUAUUGUAUGAAAUAUAUUUUUUUCAUAAAAAUCCAUCUGUGGCAACAAGAUAAAAAUGUCUUACUAAUGCAGGCCAUUCGUCUUACGACCAUUAAUCAUAAAAUAUAGAUACAUUCUCGGCAUAUGUCUAAGAAGGUAUAUAGAUGCUUCAUAAAGUAUGAUGGCGAAAAGAGGGGCAUUUUUACCUUGUUGCCACAAAUGGAUUUUUAUGAAAAAAAAAAUAUUUCAUACAAUAUUGUAUUGUGCAUUAAAUACCUAAAAAUUGAGGUUGUCGCCCUCUUGUAAAUAAUAAAAAAAAAAUAAACAAAAAAAAAAUGUUUUUUUAGGCCUUUGUAAAUAAGUUAGAACCUUGAUUUUUUUUUUAAAUGUAUUGCUAUUAGUGCCAUGUAUAAUCCGAAUUUCAAAAAAAUCUAACCAUUAGUUUAGCUUAGAAAAAUUAAAAAAGAUUUUAUAUAUAUUUGUUUUUUUAUCCAAACCAAGGGGAUUCCAGGCUUGAAAUAUUGUAAAAUGAUAUCUUAUAAUAAGACCAAUUAACUCUUCUAAGAAAGGUAUACAUUUCAGCCAGGGGCAGUUUCACUAUAGGAUUGCGGCUAGACCCUUUAUUAUGGUAGCUAUGUUGUUUCAUAAGCCGUAUCAUAUUAUUUAUUGUAUUUUAUAUUGUUUUCUUCCUAGCCAAUCUUUUGACGUUUACAAUCGGCUGAUGACUAGAACAGAUUACUCAAAAUAAUGUAACAAUUUUAUUACAAAUAGCCAGAUAAUUUUACAGGUCCAUAUUAAGUUAUCCCAUUUUUGACUUUCAAGUAAUGCUACAGAAGUUAGACUAAUGAAAUAAAUUUACUUUCUCUCAUAAGCAGGACUUUUCACCCAAUAAAUAGAUCUGAAUAUUGUUAUAACAUUAUUUUUAUUAUUGACUGAUGAUUAUGGUACAAUUUUAAUUAAUAAAUACUUUUAGGAAUUUA